AUGAUUGGGAACGAAGAGGAUCGUCCUGCCGGCUUCGAGUGCGCCGAUAUUGUGAACGUCUUCUUACCCGUCCUCCGAACUCGUCUACCUGGGAUCGGCGCGACAAACAGAUUGACGAAUGACGCCGUAGUAGAGAGCUGGUUGGUGCGCGGAUACUGGGACGCAAGAGGGGACGGCACCUUUCGCACCGCCACGGCAACGUUCAACACGAAUAGGAGAAUUGCGGCUACGAAAAUCGAGACGAGGGAGCGAGGGGCACUUAGCCCUUUGGCGAGCUCGAAGGAUGCAGCUCCCAGGCGGGAGCACGAGGAUUCCGCCCGCGAGAGCACCGGCUUCUCUUCUGGUUAUCAUCAACGGCAACAACAUCGCAACGACCACCGGGAGCAAGCGCAUCAGUAGCAAAAGCAGCAGACGCGGCGGUCCCGGUUACAGCAAUUACCGCAGUAAACGUAGUAAGAAACGCUACAGCAGCGGAUACAGACCCUAUAACGAAUCGACCCUUCCGAAGAAAACCCGCCAUCCCGAGACGAGGGCUGAAGGCCGACAUAGAGUCACCGAGCAGCAGCCUCAGCCGUUGGCGUCAGCUCUACGGCGGAAGGUGCGGGGCGAGGAAUAGUGAAGAGAAAGCGCAGAAAAAGCGAGAAACGACGGAAGAAGAAGAAGAGGAGGCGCGAGAGAAGGAGAAGAAG